AUGUUUUUAUUAGUCGUGUUGUUAUUAUUCCUUCAAAAUAUUGUAGCUGAAGAAGAAGUUAAUGAACUUGAUGACUUUCUUGACUACGAAGAAAUGGAGGACUUUUUAUUUGGGGAUGAAGAAAUUGAAGAUGAAUAUUCAUUGGAAGACACUUAUAAUCCUUUUGAUUCAAAACCCAUAGGAAAAAGAUAUAAUUAUGUUAUGAGGUUUGAACAAAAUCUAAAUUUCGGUGGUAUAAUGUAA